CCGCAGUCUUAUUUCGACCUUCUUUAGCACAGCAUCGCGAUUCGGCUCUCCCGGGGCUGGACUGGACACUCAUACCAGCGAAAGGUUCAAAUUGAUCGUAAAUCAAGUGUGAAAAGUGCUGUGUUAAAAAAGUGAAUAGAUGCAUAUGGUUGGGUGACAACUUUGCCAACAGCAUCAAGUUGUAUUCGAAGAAGAAAAGUUACGCAAAAAUCAAAAAAAGUCACCGUUAACAUAUUUAGCCACACGCACAUACACUGCGACAAAAUGGUACGUCUACUAGUUCUACUGCUGUGCAUUUCCAUAACAACAACCCAGAAGCCAGGCAGCCUCAGCUUCAAAGAGAAAGGUUUCAAGAGCAAUCAUAACUACGAUGUGGAUCCCCAAGUGCUCGAAAUUCAGCGCCAGAAUCUGAUAACUCAGAAAAUCCUGCAGCGCUACCUCGAGCGACGGUUGCAUCCCGAGCGUAAGCCUCAGAUUCACGUGCCAUCGGUGGACGAGAUCCUCCCGAAAUCGCUCCCGCCCGGUUCGGUGCGGGACGUUCGCCAGCAGAAUGCCACUAUGAGUGGCACGGGAAGUUCAUUGCUCAAAGGUACCGCCGGCAGUCGGUAUAGUUUGCUCAGUGAAUACAACGACGGAGAUGAGGAAUCCGGUCAGCAGCGACACCAGCAGGACGACGAGGAAUAUGCUGAUGGCGAGGGGGAUUUGGAUCAGUAUGGCGACCUGGGGGGCCCGUUGGAUAAUGAUCACAUUGACAUUGAAUCGCUGCAAUCGGGCGAAUCGGAACACGUCGAUUCGUUCUAUCGGGACAAAUCCUACCGGCAGAGAGCAUCGCAGCUCUCAGCGGACUACGGAUCAUUGCUUGGCAAGUCGGCUCUCGAUAAUGAUUCCGAUGAUCCGGAGGUGAGCGUUAUUAGUGAGAUUACUAACGAGCUACGGCUGCUGGCUGAAGCCAACAAAAAGGGCGACGAAAACUCCCUGGCCGGUGAAAUACGACCCACCAAAACUAGACAGAAGCGACAGGCAAUUAAUAGUCGAACCAACCGGAGGAGAACCACUCAACGUGAGCCGUCAAUUACGAAUCGGAUCGAUUCAAGAUAUUACUACUCGGAUGAUUAUUACGAUUAUACUACUACCACUACUCCACCGAGGCAGGCGAAAAAUUUGAGAGAUAAUUAUGCUGAAUAUCGACAGCAAUCUAAAAGCAAGAGCUCGAUAAAUGAAAUCAAACCAAGUCGUCCGAGAACCGUUGGUAGCCAAAGUACGUUGACGAGAAAUACGGCGGCGCGUUCAAGGAAUCGAAACACCUUAAAAUCGCUGGCAUACAAACCAAACUACAAUGCUAACACGAGAAGACCGACAUUUACCCUAUCCGCAUACGGAGGAAAUAACAAAGCGCCAUCUCGUGGCACUGCCAGACGUGGAGUAAGCAGCCGUACCUACAAGGACGAAGACUUCCGUGGUAAUCGCUUUGGUCACACGACUGCCUCCGAUUGGCGGAAGAAAACUGUUAGCUUGGGGAGCACUAGCCUACAGCCGAGUACCCCAGCGUUGACCGUCACUUUCUAUUUACCAACUGAUACCACUGUGUCGCUGGUUACGAACUCCAAGACGGAGAUCAGCUUGAUUAAAACUACUACCACUAGCAUUGAAGAGAUCUGUACUUCGUGCUUCUCGUUAACUCAAGGACCCAACGGAUUGCCCGUUCAUGUGCUCAACAAAGAAAUUACCUCCUUCAAUCGAGAUGGACAGUUUGAAAUCACCAAGUUUAUUCUAAGUUCCACUCCGACCACUACCAUAUCAGUUUCUUCCAACACAUUCCGAGGUCGUCAGACAGCUUACACUGCCACUAUUUCGACUACCAUCUACGAAGCGAACCCUUUCAUUCAGACUAAAGGCAACAGCAACAACCAGAACAGUGCUAUCCUUUCAAAUGCUCCCCUGGCCAAUAUCCUUCUGUCGCAGCUUCUGCUUGGGAAUCUCGGAGUGGGAGAACCCAAUUUGGCACCUCGACCUACGGAGUUCAUUCCAGAUCCGAACCGAUAUCAGCUCGUAGUAACCACAGUUACUGAGUACAAAACUCACGUGAAGGAAAUUGUCACCACAGUCACCGCAACGAAAUCCAUUGUCCUUCCUAUAACAUUCCAAGGUCGUGAAAUCCUCACCACCGUGUACGAAACUGACGUAACCCCCACAGUCAUAACGUCGUUCCUCACCGAGACCCUUACGAUUCCUACAACCUCCACGAUUCGCAUUCAGCCGUCUACGGAUGACUUCCAGAGCAAACUGAGCCUUCUGUUGCCGCUUCUAGAAGAACGUGAACGGCGAAACCAACUGCUCUCAGCUGCAGCUGCCGAACCAGUUCUGCCAAUUGUUUCAACGCCACCUCCAACGUCGAUACCUCCAUCCAGCGCGUCCAUAUCGAAGGUCUACAUCUCCGGGCAGCAUCCGGGUGAAUUCAGCGUGUCAUUCACAACCAUUCUUAACACGUAAUAGCGCAUACGGCUAGCUGUCGCCAGCGCGAUGGUUAUAGCCGUUCAGGUCUAGCCAGAGUCAUUUUUAGGAAUUAGAAUCAAUUAGGAUAUUACUAAGUUCGCGAAGCUGCCAAUUUCAACAUUAGUCAAAACAAGUAGACGCGUGCUAACACAUACAACGACACGAGGGAAAGAGAGUACUUUAACCUAUGAAACCAAGAGAAUACUCGACACGAUGGAUGCUAACAUACAACUACAGCUGAAACUUAUUCGUCGUUACCGAUGUUAGUGUAGAGAUGUAUUGUAUUAUUACACCUUUUUUUGUAGGACGUUUAUUUUUGUACGAAUAAAAAGACAAUUUAAUUA